AUACUUCCUCCCCAUUUUUUUGUGCGUCUCUGGAUCGAUUAUCGCGUAAUCUGGUUUCACGUUAGAGAAUUAUUUCGAUUUGUUGGGAAUUUAUAUUACUUCGCCAUGGAUUUAGCUUUGAAUUUCUUUUUUUUUCGUGGAGUGUGCAAGCUUCCAUAAAAAUUGAUGUCUAAGGAUUAUCUGUUGGUAACAUUUGAUAUUUUGGGCUCUGAAUUAAUGAGAUCUGUAAUUGUAGCGUAAUGAAAUUGUGAAAGAUUUCAUUUGUUUUGUUACUUCUUAUAUUAGGAGGGCUCGCUGUGUGAUUCUUUGUACAAUGCUAUACUACAACUUUCAUCACUCAUAUUUGCAUUCCUUCCAGUGGUUAUACUUUAACCCUUCUACAUUAACAUUUUAUUUGAAGGAACAAAAAAAAUGAAGCAUAUAGUAAAGAUAUUGAGCCUGUUGGUGGCAAUCUCUGCCUUCUGGAUUGGUCUUUUGCAGGCUGCUAUCGUUCCUCGAACCCACACAUGGUUGCUACCGAUCUACUUUGUAGUGUCUCUCGGAUGCUAUGGUCUAUUAAUGGUUGGUAUUGGGCUAAUGCAGUUUCCUACCUGUCCCCAAGAAGCAGUUCUUUUGCAGCAGGAUAUUGCAGAGGCCAAGGACUUCUUCAAGCACAAAGGAGUCGAUGUCGGAUCAGACUGAUACGAUGGCUUGUUAAUGACCGAACACUAGAAUAGUUAAUCUUUUUAUGGCAAGAGAUCUUACAUGUGUCUGUUUGAAUAGUUGAAUUAAACAAGUGUUUUCUGACUUUACUUGAGGAAAUGUGGCAAACGCCAUUACGCAAAAAGCAACAUCUAAUAAUAAUUUGUCUUCUUUUGUUUCUGUAA